AUGUCUGUGCACUAUGUCGAUGCCUUCAUGCGCGCGGCCCUCAAGGAAGCCGAGCUGGCGCUGGAAGAGGGUGAAGUGCCUGUUGGCUGCGUGCUGGUGCGCACGGACACCAAUGAAACGGUGUACGCGAAGCUCGCGCUGCAGCUGUCGGACGAUGUGGUCAAUGCGUCACCUCACGCAGCCCCGCCGCUCAGCUGCGACCAGCUGGUCGAGUCGUGCAUCGCUGCGCGUGGCCGUAAUCAAACGAAUCUGCAGCACCAUGCCCUGGCCCACGCAGAGUUCAUCGCCGCUCAGAAGCUUAUCGAUAGUGCAACGAGAGGCGGAGACGGAAGCGCGGGUGCGAGGUCAAGUAAAGCCGGUGCUGGCGAAGGAGAGAACGGACUCGUUGAGGAAGAGAAAGAAAGCGGAUCGACCUCCUCACCAACUACCCCGCCACUGUCCGGCCUGGCUGACUAUGUCCUCUACGUCACUGUUGAACCGUGCGUGAUGUGCGGUGCGAUGCUGCUCUACAACCGUAUCGCUCACGUCUUUUUCGGCUGUCGAAACCCGCGCUUUGGCGGCAACGGCACCGUCUUGGCGCUGCACACGUCACCUUUUCAACAGCAGCGGCUGCUGCAACAGCCUUCGCAACCAGAUCAGUCAGCAGCCAGCAUGCCACACUUCGUGGGCACGUCGAAGGGCUCGCCCAGCGCUGAUGAGGGUGGGGUCGUCUGUAGUGGUGAGUGGUGGCCCGGGUACGUGAGUGAGGGCGGUCAUACCGAGGCAGAGGCCAUCAGCCUCCUCCAACGCUUCUACGAGCGGGAGAACCCCAACGCCCCGGGGCACAAGCGCCGCCGGAAGGCUUGA